CCGCGCACGCCUGGGAUGCCGCGGCGCCCCGCCAGACCCCGAGGAGGCGCAGGGUCCCGCCAGCUGAGAGUGGCGUAGCCCCGCGCGGCGAGGCCGCCACUUUUCUGGGGACUCUGGUUUCGGUCACUGGCUGCCACUGUACUCCUACCCGGGGGAGCUCGCGGAGAGUUGGAUGAAUUCUGGGUUGUUAACUGCGGUCAACUGGGCUCCCGGGAGCCCGUACCUGGUGGAAGUCAGGGGCCAUCUGGCCAAGGGACCAGCGGCUCGCUGAGACUCAACAUGACACUCCUGGGGUCUGAGCACUCAUUGCUGAUUAGGAGCAAGUUCAGAUCAGUUUUACAGUUACGGCUUCAACAGAGAAGGACCCAAGAACAGCUGGCUAACCAAGGCAUCAUACCACCCCUGAAAAGCCCACCUGAAUUCCAUGAGCAAAGAAAACGUUUGGAUAGUGGCAAGGCUGAAGACACCCUGAAGCACAAGGUCAGAAACAGGUCCGACCGUGCAGACGUGGUGAAAAUGCACAUACUCCAAGGCUCCACUGCAGAGAGAUCCGUUCCAACUGCUCAGAUGAAGCUGAAAAGAGCCCGACUUGCAGAUGACCUCAAUGAAAAAAUCGCUCUCCGGCCGGGGCCCCUGGAGCUGGUAGAGAAGAACAUACUCCCUGUGGAUUCUGCUGUGAAAGAGGCCAUAAAGGGUAACCAGGUGAGUUUCUCCAAAUCAGCGGAUGCAUUUGCCUUUGAGGAGGACAGCAGCGAUGGGCUUUCUCCGGAUCAGACUCGAGGUGAAGACCUCCAGGGCUCAGCAGGAUCCCCCCCAGACAUGAAAGCUACAGAGACCCCUUCGGCGGGUCCUCGGGGGAAAACCCAGGAUCUUAUUUCUGGCUCAGAAAAUGAAAGGAAUGACUCGGCCCCCCAGCCCGGCAACCAGUCAGACCCAGGGAAGCAGGGGCUCGGCCCCCUGGGCAACCCCGUCCCUGUACACGCUGCUGUCAAGUCCAAGUCCUUGAGCGACAGUAAGAACCGCCACAAAAAGCCCAAGGACCCCAAGCCAAAGGUGAAGAAGCUCAAAUAUCACCAGUACAUCCCCCCGGACCAGAAGGCCGAGAAGUCCCCUCCGCCCAUGGAUUCCGCCUACGCCCGGCUGCUCCAGCAGCAGCAGCUGUUCUUGCAGCUGCAGAUCCUCAGUCAGCAGCAACAGCACUGCUUCAGCUACCCCGGGCUCCACCAAGCUCAGCUCAAGGAACCAAAUGAGCAGGUGGUCAGAAAUCCAAACCCUCCUUUAGCACCGCUGAGCAAUACCCCUUUGUCUCCUGCCAAAAACAGUUUUUCUGGACAAACUGGUGUCUCUUCUCUCAAGCCAGGCCCGCUCCCAUCCAACCUAGAUGAUCUGAAGGUCUCUGAGUUAAGACAGCAGCUUCGAAUACGAGGUUUGCCGGUGUCCGGCACCAAGACGGCCCUCAUGGACCGGCUUCGGCCCUUCCAGGACUGUUCUGGGAACCCUGUGCCCAACUUCGGUGACAUAACGACUGUCACUUUUCCUGUGACACCCAGCAACGCGCUGCCCAAUUACCAGUCCUCCCCGUCCACCGGCGCCUUGUCCAACGGCUUCUACCACUUCGGCAGCACGAGCUCCAGCCCCCCAAUCUCGCCCGCCUCUUCGGACCUGUCGGUGGCGGGGUCCCUGCCGGACACCUUCAACGAUGCCUCCCCGUCCUUUGGCCUGCAUCCGUCCCCAGUCCACGCGUGCCCCGAGGAAAGCCUCAUGGGCAGUCUAAAUGGGGGUUCCAUCCCUCCCGAGCUGGACGGACUGGACUCCGAGAAGGACAAGAUGCUGGUGGAGAAGCAGAAGGUGAUCAACGAGCUCACCUGGAAACUCCAGCAAGAACAGAGGCAGGUGGAGGAGCUGAGGCUGCAGCUGCAGAAGCACAAGAGGAGCAACUGUCCCGAGAAGAAGCUGCUGCCUUUCCCGGCCGCCCCCAUCAAGCAGGAAGACGCCACCUCCAGCUGUCCGUUCGCGUCCCCGCAAAUAGCUGUGAAAAGACAGAGCGCCUGCUCCGAGGGCCAGCCGCCGGCUCGUGAAGAUGCUCAGCUCCUGCCCCUCGGGAACGCUCACUGUGCGGAGCCCUCGGGUCAAACCAGCGUACUUUCUUCCACAUUCCUCAGCCCGCAGUGCUCCCCGCAGCAUUCGCCCCUCGGGGCUGUGAAAAGCCCGCAGCACAUCAGUUUGCCCCCCUCGCCAAACAACCAUUACUUCCUACCCGCAUCUUCGGGCGCCCAAGGAGAAGAGCACAGGGUCUCCUCACCUGUCGGCAGCCAGGUGCGUACUGCACAGAACUCAGGGGCACAUGAGGGCCAUCCUUCAAGCUUCUCUCCCCAGCCUUCCAGCCUUCACCCCUCUUUCUCUGGAGCCCAGGCAGACAGCAGUCAUGGUGCCGGGGGCAACUGUUGUCCCAAAAGCCCAGGUGUACAGCAAAAGAUGGCUGGUUUACACUCUUCUGAUAAGUCAGGGCCAAAGUUUUCACUUCCAUCCCCAACUUUUUCUAAGUCAACUUCAGCAGUUUCAGAGAUAAGCCAGCCUCCCUCCUAUGAAGAUGCAGUAAAGCAGCAAAUGACCCAGAGUCAGCAGAUGGACGAACUCCUGGAUGUCCUCAUUGAAAGUGGAGAUUACACGUUGCCUCUCUGUUUAUGACUCAUGGCUCCAACCCAAUGACUCACAGCCACCUGCUUACCAUGAACAAGCGCGUCUUGACUGUGAUGUGAAAAGACGGAAGAGCAUCACCGUUGGUCGCUGGAAAGGGUACUGCCAUCUCUCAUGGGAGAGCACCAGUGGAAGAUGACAGUUGUUUUACAUUCCUCCAUCUGCGUUGUGCUUUAAAAGAGCCACACGGUAUGCUUUGCUUUUAUCAGAACCAAACAUCUAGAGGGGAAGAUUGCCAGUCUCUUCUUUGACAAUGAAGCUAUGGAGAAGAAAACCUUCGUGACACAUUCCUCACGUUUGUGUGUUCCUCAGACGUCGAAGUUGUAUUCAGAUCUUGAUAAAGCUCGCUGGUCCGUCCAUUUCUCCUAUGCCACGUUGUGUGAUUUUUUUUAAUGUUAUUUUUGUCCCCCUUCUUUUGGAAAACAAUCGCACAGCAAUCUCUGAGACUCUGGUCUGAGUGUCAAUUAUUUUUUCCUUUGGGUAUUUCUGUCUGAAGUGCUAGACUUGGUUAGGAGGCCCCUAUCUUUGUAAGACUAUGCAUUUUCAUUGGGAUAUUUUUAGGAUAUUAUCAGGCACUGACAUAUACGCCUCACAGUGAAGACAUUCGCUACUACAGACCAACACACAACCCAGAGCAGACUCCUGGAUUGUUGUUUUUAACCUCCUCCCACAGUCUUCACCCGCCAUAUUCACUGUCUCUUCGUAGAUCAGAUAUGAUAUUUGCAAGAUAAAACUGAGGAUAAUUGGGAGGAGGUUGAGGAUUUUUUUUUUUUAAGUUCUUUUAAACUCUUAGUUGUGUCUCCUUUUCUGGUGACAAAUUGAGCAUGACUAAAAGAUGUACAGAGACUUAGGAAGAUGGCCAUGGUCAAGGUUAGCUUGAAACUAGCCACAUGUAGUUCUCUUAAGACCCCUGGGACCCCCCGUGGUAAAGCAGACCUGCAGACAUUUGCAGCUUUUCCCAACGCUGGUGCAGUAGGUUCAUGCUUAUCCAGUGGAGUCAGGAAAUUGCUUUGUGCAAAUGAUUUCAUUAAGCCAGUGCUCAUUAGAAGCUCUGCUGCUAACAGCGUUACUGAGAUGACACACACUCUACUAUAAAGCGGGGGGGGGGGGGGAGGAAAGAAAGAAGGAAGGAAGUUGAAGGAAGGAAAGAAGGAAGGGAGGGAGGGAGGGAGAAAGAAGGAAGGAAAGGAAAGGAAAGGAACGGAAAGGAAGGGAAGGUCCUAACCUCUCAGUUCAACUAAGACUCUGCAUUAUGAAAAGCAAAUUGCAAAAUUUUGGAUGAGAAAUGAUUCUCUCCAAUGAAAUGGUUGCACUGGUAAAUGAGGAAAGCAAGAGGGUCUUCACCUAAAUAGUCAAGGGGUUGUGAACUGGUGGCCUUUGCCAUUCAGAAACAUUUAUUUCCAAUCUGAAAAAAAUAAUCAAAAACCUACCCCAAGCAUUCAAGACAGUCCUUUUCCAAAAAUGUUCAGACACCAUCAGCUCUUCUAGAAACCAAUGCUGGCCUAGCCGAAAACUCCCACAUCCAAUUUACUCAUCCGGUGGCUAAGUACUCGAUGUCUCACCUGUUCAAAGCACGCAAACCCCCAAAUGGACAGCACCACGUAGACUCUGCACAGAUGGUUCAGAUUUUGAGUGAUUGGGGAGUUGCAGGAACACUGGGAAUCUCUCAGUCCUCCAACCAGAAACCCUUUACCUAUGGUGACAAAGGGAUCUGCGUUUUCCCGGAAGGUGGAGGGGAGGGCCCCUUUUUAGGUAAAAGCUGUGCCCAUGCUAACAUUUUUUUUUUUUCUUCUCAAACAGCCUCAGUGUGUCACUUAGACAUCUUUCCUUACUUGCACCACUUAAAUCAUCUGUGAGAGCUUUAGGGUUUGUUUUCAUUGCCCGAUACAGAAGCCUCUUGAAAAUCAGGGAAGGGUAAAGGAAACUUUUUUUUGGCCUCACCCCCUAAUCUUGAUCUUCAGAACGAGCUCUCCGGACCAAAGGGACACUUAAGGGUGGGGGGGUGUCCACGGGGAGUCUCCAUCUUUUAGGAGAAAAGCUGCAGGGUUGCGAGGGCAGCGUGGUCCCCCUUCAGGGCUUGGCUGUGGUCCUCACGGGGGAAGUCCACAGAUGCACACAGUUUGCUAUCAGCUAUGAGAGAACUCGGAUUAAAAGAGUCUGGAGUGUUCAUUUUCCUAUAAAGCCAGUAGAAACCAACAGGGCGGUUCAGAUGCUGAAACUGCUAAUGCUUUAUUAGAUGAUAUUACUAGACACACAGAGUCCAGGUCCUAGAACAAGACGGUCCUGUAAGUCUGAGAGCCGCUCAGUGUGGUGAGAAGCUGGGUUCGAUUCUGGAAUCCACAUUUUCAGAGCAACCCUGUCUAGGCUGGGACUGCACAUUAGGAGAUGAUUUUAAGACAGCAAGAGGUCUGAGAAAAAUGUCUCUAUCAUCUUGCAGGGAAAUUGUAAUAGGAUUCAUUGAGUUUGAUAACAUAUGAAUAAGUUCCCUCCUGAUUGUGGGAGUCGGUGGAUUCUAGGCUUCUAGAAUUCUGCGGAUUAAGGCCAACACCUGAUUGUCUCUUGUGCUUAUUUGAAUCACCUCCAGCCUCAUGGACACUGGUCAUGUGAGUUUCCUGUACAUGUUUUAACAGCUCCCGGGGGUUUAUGGGAAAAGGGAGGAUAAGGAUGAGGAUCCUGGAGGCUGUUCUAAUGUUUUCCAAAGGAAGGGAAUCCACACUGCUGCCCAGAGUUCUCUCCAGUGCUCCUGCAGUGGGGAAGGAGGGCAGUGUGUGGCUGGGUACUUGAAAUCCUCCCUUGGCGAAACACCAAGAGACACAUUGUGAAGAAGUCAGAAGAGCCAGCAUACGUUCUCUGCAGGGACCCUGCGUGGUGGAGUUUUCACGUCGGCCUCCUUUGCUCAACGAUACGUAACUAGAAAGAAAUGUGGGUGACCAGGAAGAGAAAAGAAGCAAUGGCUAAAUACCAAAGUUGGCAUGUGUUCUUUUUAAAAAAAAAUGUAUAUUUUUAAAUAAAAUGUUUAUUUUAGAAAAA